AUGACUAGAUCUCAGCUGCGGCCAGCUGGGCUCGGAAGACUUCUCCUGUUGUGGCUGCUGCUGCCGCCGGUGCCUGUACCCAAGUCCGAGGCCAGGAAGUCCCGGGCCUCACUGUCCUGCCCCGUGGCUUGCGAACCAACCCGCUGCCCGCCGCUGCCCACCUGCUCGGCGGAGACGACGCCGGUGCUCGACCGAUGCCGCUGCUGCCGUGUCUGCCCAGCGGCCGAGGGCGAAGCCUGCGGCGGGGCUCGUGGCCGGCCGUGCGCCCAGGGGCUGCAGUGCAGUGCGCGGUUCGGCGGCCGGCUCGGCACCUGCGGCUGCCGGGCGGCGGGCGCGGCCGUGUGCGGCAGCGAUGGACGUACCUACCCCAGCCUGUGCGCGCUCCGCGCAGAGAACCGCGCCGCACGUCUCCGGGGCGCUCUCCCGGCCGUGCCGGUGCAAAAGGGCGACUGCAGCGAUCCAGGAACCCAAAGCGCGGGCCUGCUCAGGAGCGAGUACAACUUCAUCGCGGCGGUGGUGGAGAAGGUGGCGCCAUCUGUGGUGCACUUGCAGCUGUUCCGCAGGUCACCUCUCAGCAGCAAGGACAUUCCUGUAUCCAGUGGCUCUGGGUUCCUAGUGUCUGAGGAUGGGCUCAUUAUCACCAACGCUCAUGUCAUCACUAACCAGCAGCGGAUUCAGGUGGAGCUCCAGAGUGGGGCCCAGUAUGAAGCCACUGUCAAGGACAUUGACCAUAGAUUGGAUCUGGCACUGAUUAAGAUUGAGCCAAAUGCUGACCUUCCUGUGUUACUCUUGGGAAGAUCAUCUGACCUUCGAGCUGGAGAGUUUGUGGUUGCCUUGGGCAGCCCAUUUUCUCUGCAGAACACAGUCACAGCAGGAAUUGUCAGCACUACACAGCGAGGAGGCAAAGAGCUGGGCCUGAAGGAUUCAGACAUGGACUAUAUCCAGACUGAUGCCAUCAUUAAUCACGGGAAUUCUGGGGGACCCUUGGUGAACUUGGAUGGAGAUGUGAUUGGCAUAAAUACACUGAAGGUGACCGCGGGAAUCUCCUUUGCAAUCCCCUCAGAUCGAAUUAGACAGUUCUUGGCUGAAUACCAUGAACGCCAGUUGAAAGGAAAGGCUCUCUCACAGAAGAAAUAUCUGGGUCUGCGAAUGCUGCCCCUCACUAUGAAAUCAGGGUUGAGAGACCACGAUGUAAUUGUCAGCAUAAAUGGGCAACCUGUCACCACGACGACUGAUGUAACUGAAGCUGUUAAGAACAAUGAUUCCCUUUCCAUUACUGUUCAUCGGGGAAGUCAAAUUUUGUUCCUGACAGUCACACCUGAAAUUAUCAAUUAA